AUGGAUGCUGAAUACGCUGCACUUAUGCAAAAUCAAACCUGGAAAUUGGUUCCUCUCCCUCAAGGCAGAGAAGCUGUUGAUAUAAUCAUCACUGGAAACUCAAAUGAAGCAAUUUCUCAGGUCAUUAAGCAGCUGAAUGACAAAUUUGCGUUGAAAGACAUGGGCGAGCUUCACUAUUUCUUUGGGAUUCAAGCCACCAAGACUGCUAAUGGAGGUCUAUUACUCUCACAAGAGAAAUAUACCAGAGAUCUGCUCAAGAAAGCUGAAAUGGAACAUUGUAAGCCUUGUCAUACACCCUUACCUUCCUUAGUUCGAUUUUCUGCUUUUGGAAGCUCCCCAUUCAAGAAUUCUAAACUCUACAGAUCAGUUGUGGGAAGUCUACAAUACCUCACAGUCACUCGUCCAGAACUAGCAUACUCAGUUUAUGCAAAAUCCCUUGGAAGAGCACUGGAAGUUAGUAGAAAGAAUUCUGAGGUGCAAACUAUCAAAGCUUAUAGUGAUUCUGACUGGGCAGAGGACCCAGAUGAUAGGAAGUUCACUGGAGGUUUUUGUGUCUUUCUUGAGAGCAAUCUAGUUUCGUAG